GCAGCUAUAAAAACUUUAAAGGUUGGUAACAAGCUUAAAAGUUGGUAAUAAGCUGAAGGUGUAGUUAUAGAAACUUUGUUGAUAAUAAAAAUCAAUAAAAAAAAACAAUAAAAAAAUAUCGAGCAAAAUAGAAAUAACCAUUUUUCAUCAAUGUCACAAAUCUUAACAAAAUAACCAUUACAAAUCUUUUGAACUCAUCCAUUAGCACAACAGGAAACAUUUACGAAAUGUUUGGAAAAAUUUAGUAAAACCACCCAUGAGCAUCAUCGAUUCUUUGUACAUCCGUUUUGGCUGUACAAGACAAUCACAAUGGAAAAUAAAAUUUUUGUACGAAUUUUGGUUACAUUUUUAAUGAUAAGAGUAUUUAAUGAAACAUUUUCGCUUUGUAUAAAAAAUAUAAUUGUAUUUUGGGUUCAAAGACAUUUUAUAAAGUGAUAAAAGGUAAUUAAUAUAUUUACAUGACGGUUGUGACCAGAGUUCGUAAACAACAAAGGAAGAUGUCUAUUCACUCCUUUGAAGAAGAAGAACAAGAAGAACAAGAAGAACAAGAAGGUUUUUUAAAUGAUUAUUUUGACAAUAAUGCUAAUAACAAUACAUCAAGAAAAUUUGAACAUCGCAUGUUUUCUUGUGCUUCAUGUAUAUUAUUUGAUUCAAAAAACCCUAUUAUAGUGACUGAGACAGACGGAUUUCCCAUUCGCAGAGUGGCUUCUUGUUCAGUAUGUUGUUGGGAUUUUGAUGAUAAUGUUCUGUGUGUUCCAGAUAUUCAAAGAAAUUUGUCAUCAGACUCAAGAGCAACGUCAUCUUCUUCAGAAGAUUCUUUUAUAACCUCAAAUUCCAAACUUAAAGAAUGUUCUUUUAUAUCUGACUUUAAGAGUUUUGAAAAAAAAGAAAAAGAAAAAACUUUAAAUAGUAAAUCAAGUAGUGACAUUUCAGACUUGACUUUUUCUCUGCCACCAUUAAGACGGACAGAUUCUUAUAACAGUGCUAUUAAUAUUACAGAAAAUGAUUCAUUGAAAAAUGAUUUUAAAAAUGACUUUAGGAAAAAAGAAAAUCGUGCUUCUCACCGUAAAAGUAAGCACAAAAGAAACUUCAUUGAAAAAGCAUUUAGGCGAAAUAAGCAUCGUACCCCACCUGAUGGAACUGAAGUGUCUUGUGUAGUGGUAGAUGAUCAUUUAAAAUCCAAUAAUUUUGAUUCCAGUGAAAAUUGCAAAACAUCUGAUUGUGAAAUACGCCAGCCAACCAUUAGCAUUAAUGCAACUAAAGAACUUGAUGAAAUAUUUGGAAAAAUUACAAAAGUUUCAGAAUUAAAAACAAAGGAAGAAGAAGAAAAUGACUAUUUUAGCUGUUCAGAUCAAGAAAAUUCUGAUAACGAAAAAAACAAAAAACAGAUUAGUUUAUUAAAGCGACUUUCUCCUAAUAGAUCAUUUAAAAAGUUACCAAGAUCGCGUAGUCUGAACAAUCUGUCAAAAAAUUGUUUACCUUCUAGUGGAUUUAUAAGAACGCAGUCAUCUAUGGACUUAUCCACAGUUAUGGAUUAUGACUUUAUGUAUGAUGGUUUAGAAGCUAAAGAAAGUGAAAACUGGAAUUCAUUUUUAAAGAAGAUUAGUGAUAUUUCUUUAUUUGAAAAGAACUUUUCUCUUCGACAUUUAUGGCAAAAACUAGUCUCCCAUCAAGACUUGACUUCACUAUUUGAAGAUUCUCUCAGAUGUAUAGUAGAAGAUAUGGAAAAGGUGCAUAAAAAAUACGAAGGAUUAGAAACACUUUUUGCAUCUAAGUUGGAACAAGAAGAAAAAGAAAAGGCUAAAAUAUAUGACGAUGUUGAAAUAGUUAUUCAGCAAGAACGACAAUGUGCUCAUGAAAAGAUUAUAUAUAUGGAGACACAGCUUCGAUCAGAGCAUCAAAGUGCAAUUGAAUCAAGGGAUUUAGAAAUACAAAAUAUUUUACGUCUGAACAAUGACUUGUCUUUAAAGAAUACAAAGUAUAAAGAAGAAUAUGAACUUCUAAAAUCGACAUUGCAACUGAUGGAGCAGCAAGUUAACCAAUGUUUGAAAAGUGAAGAAGAAUUAAGGAAUGAGAAUGCUAUACUUAUUCAGGAGAAAAUUUUUCUUAUUCAAAAAGCUGAACAAACAGAAGAAAUUGUAAAAAACCUUAAAGAAAGUGUUGCCUUGAUGCAAAAAGAUGUAGAAAAUGAAAAAAAUAAAAAUAAAACUUUGUUACGACAGCAUAAUGAUAUGUUAGAGGAAAAAAUGCAUUUGGAUUCUAAAAUUGACACCUUAACUGCAGCUUUUACCAAUCUUAAAAAGCAAAAUGAUUACCUCAUUACCAGUCUUCAUGUUAAAUGUCCAACAGCAGAAAUUUUUAAUGUACAUAAUUUAAACAAUAAAAAUUAUGAAUUCGAUGAAUUUACAAAACAAGAUGUAAUCAGUACUCUACAGUCUUCUUAUUUACUUAAAAACAAAGCUAAAUUUUCAAAUGAAGAUGCACAAAAAAAACUUUUCUCUAAAGCAAAAACUUAUAAAAUUAAUAAAUUAGAUAUAAAUAAUAAAAAUGUUUAUUCUCCACUUCCAAUUAAAAAAGUUCUUAACACAGAUGACUGGCCAUUAUCUCCACCUAAGCUGACUGAUGAAAACAAUAGUAGUCAAAAUGAGUUGCAUAAAAGUGAGUUGUUAAGUUCAUUUGAUAGUCAUCAUCCAACUGAAAGCUACAUUCGGUCUUCCUUCAAAAACAAAAUCAGUAAACAACUCUCCUAUAAAAGUAAUGAAUUUAAUACUAAGUCGUUUACAAAUGGAUGUUUAGCAAAAACUUCAUCACUUCGCUUUGCUGAAUGUGAAAAAAAUACAUAUAAAAUAAUAUUCAUUGGAGAUUCAAAUGUAGGAAAAACAAGUUUUAUUCGUCGAGUUUGUUUUGGAAAAUUUCGUGCUUCAAGAGAAGAGACACGCGUUAGUGAUUUUUCUACGAUUUGUGUCAAUUCAGAGGGGAAAAAUAUUACUUUAAACUUAUGGGACACUUUGGGACAGGAAAGGUUCAACAGUAUUCCGCCAUCUUAUUUUCGAAGGUCUGACAUUGUAGUACUUAUGUAUGAUGUUACAGAAGAUACUUCAUUUUUUAGUGUAAAGAACUGGAUACGCAAAAUUCAUGAUUUAACAGAUGAAAACGUGUUUCUAAUGAUUAUUGCUAACAAAAUCGACCUCGAUGAGAAAAUUUCAUGUGAAAAAGGGAGAGAGCUUGCAAAGGAUCACGACGCUAUUUUCAUCGAAACUAGUGCUAAAACUGGAGAGAAUAUCGAUUUGUUUUGUCAGAUGGUCUUGAGUACGUUAAUAGACCGAGAAGAUACUGCUUUAAUACGCAAGGAUUUUACACACAGUUUAUGCAACUUAAGUUACUCAAAACGUUCACAAACUACUUGCUGUUCGUAGUCUUUUUCUAUACACACAAAUCUAUAUAUAUAUAUAUAUAUAUAUAUAUAUAUAUAUA